AUGUACACAACUCAUCAUCCUACAGCGGUCUUAUUUAGUUUUAGGUUUUGCAUUGAGAUGCUGACUACAAUUCCUUUUCUAAUCUCAACUUAUAUCCCUCAUGGUCAAUAUAUAUAUGAUAAGCCCAUCGACCCUUUAAAAACGAAAUUAAUACACCUCGUUAGUACUUUAGUUGUACUAUUGUAUAAUGGAACAUGUGCAUUUCAAUAUACAGAAGUAACAUUUGGCGAUCAUAAUUAUACCAUUCUGGAAUCCUUCAGAGUAGUAAUGAUGCUCUUAAUCGUAAUUGCACUUUCUGUACUGCCUGGUCUUAUUGGCGAUGUAUCCGAGACUUUUCGGAAACGCAAAGAUGGUGAAGGUCAUGUUAGUAAAGGAUCUACGCCGUUUAUUCUUAUCGUGGGUUCUUUCACACCAGACCAAGUGAUUGAGAUCCUUGAUGGAUUUUUAAAUACAGAAAAUACAGAAUUUCAUCUAAGUGUAGUCUUUCUGGAUAUCAAUCGACCGACAGAGCAAUUGAAAAUGAUGGAACGUAAUUCAAUAUGGGGUCAUCGAGUGCAAUUUCUUCACGGAUCUGUUUUGGACGAAAAAACUUUACUGCGUGUCGAAGCAAGAUACGCCGAAGCUAUCUUUACAAUAUCAGAUCAAAAUGCCUCAGAUCCAUCCAAAGAAGAUGAGCGAAAUACAGUUAGACUUUGGUCAUUGUAUUGCCAUACUGUUAGUCACGAUGUUCCUAUCUACACUUACAAUUUAUCUCCCAGUACCGCCAUCUAUCAAAAAGUGGCUAAAGAAAUCAUUUGUGUACGAGAAUUUAAACAAUAUUUACUGGCCAUGAAUUGUCGUUGUAGAGGUGCUUCUACUUUACUCACAAAUUUGCUUCAUCAAAGACAACCUAUUAAUAGUUAUGAUGAAGGAUGGCAAGCUCAGUUUGGUAACUUUUUGUUUGAAGAGGCUCAAGUGAUUUUAUUUGCUAUCAAGACCUUCAUGUCUUCACGCAAUGACUUUGAAAUUCUGUUGAACCCAAGCAAUUCAUAUGUAAUCCAAAGUUCUGAUAAGUGUGUUUAUAUAGCGGAGGGACCAAAAGAAGUCCAAGAUAUUUCUACUCUGCCGUCUACCUCCACAAGCACGGUCCGAUCCUACAUGUCUCAGAAAAGUGCUCGAUCCGACCGACCUCCUUCCGAAAAAUCCUAUGCAGUUUCAAAACUCCCUUCGAAACGACAUGCCAUCUUGACAGGAAGCCGUGCCUUAAUUAAACGCAUUGGAAAGUGUUCUUCCUCUGAAGAUAAUUAUGAUGAUGAUACCUCCUUGCCACUCUGUUAUUUGCUUGAAAAACCUGUGGAGCUGGAAGACGUCACGAUUAGUUCCACAGAGGGCAUGAAUGGACAUGUUCUCGUCUGCUUACAUCGUGAAGUGAUCAACAUGUUUAAGUUUAUCUAUAAUCUAAGAUCGCCCAACAUUAAACCUGAAGAUCUUCAGGACAUUGUUUUGCUUUGCUCGAAAAAGCCGUCGCCCAAAAUAUUCGAUCUGAUCAAUACCUUUCCCAAAGUCUACUUCAUGGAGGGUAAUUGUAGGCAUCCAGAUGAUCUUCUUCGAGCAGGUGCAAAAAGAGCCAAACAAGUGGUAGUCAUGAGCGAGAAAGAAUGCUUGGAUCAAUAUGAACGUAACUCAGAUAGUCCUGCUGUGUAA